AAUUACAAUGGAAACUUUUAAGAUAUUUGUUUCAAAGCAUUGGUAUACAUGGACUUUAGUCCUCAUUCAGCUCAGUUGGGUUGUCUGCACUGAAGGUUUACAGUCUAAGUUAACAAAGGAUGCUGAAGCUGAUCUGAUCAAGGAGCUGCCUGGUCUCAAUUUUCCUGUAAAUUAUCGUCAAUUUAGUGGAUUUCUUGAUGCUGGCAGCAACACUUUCCUACAUUACUGGUUUGUCGAGUCUGAGGCUGACCCAACGACCUCACCACUGCUGCUGUGGCUCAAUGGAGGUCCAGGCUGCUCCUCUCUUGAUGGAUUAUUGACUGAGCUUGGCCCUCUCCACAUCAAUGAUGACGGCAAGACUCUCUACAACAACACUUAUUCCUGGAAUACGUUUGCCAACAUUGUUUACAUGGAGUCCCCUGCGUGCGUGGGCUUCUCCUACAACACGCAGGGCAAUUGCUCGGCUGGUGACGACUCCACCUCCCUGCUCAACUACAAUGGCCUUAAGAGUUUCUUCAAGAAGUUUCCUGAGUACCGCCAGAACCCAUUCUACGUGACGGGUGAGAGCUACGGGGGUAUCUAUGUUCCCACUCUCUCCGUCCGCAUCAUCGAGAACAACGACUCCUUCCCUCUGAACUUCCGAGGCUUUGCUGUUGGCAACGGCCUCUCCAGCACUGCACACAACGACAACAGCAUUAUCUUCUUUGCCAACUACCAUGGACUGCUCGGGAAAAUUCUGUGGGACGAGCUCGUGUACCACUGCUGCCAGGGCAACAUCCCCUCGCAGGAGACCUGCAACUUUGCUGCGUCUCCCUGGCCCGUCUGCCAGGAUAGGGUUGCUAGGGCAUCCGACAUAGUGUAUGACAGCGGCCUGAACAUGUACAACUUGUAUGACAACUGCGCGCCUCCAUCCAACUCCAACAGCCUGGGUGUUACAUUCUCACGUUACCACGCCGACCACCUCAACCUACACCGCAACAACCACAUGCUUGCCAGUCACCGCAAGAACGCGACGCUGGACCCGCCCUGCACCAACUCCCACGCCAUGACAGACUACCUCAACAACCCCGACGUCAGAGCUGCUCUGCACAUCCCUGACUUUGUUCAGAACUGGGAGAUCUGCAAUGAUGAGGUUAACGCGGGUUUCAAGCGUGUGUACGACAGCAUGGAGGCGCAGUACAAGAAGCUACAGGCGGCGGGGGUGCGGGCGCUCGUCUACAACGGUGACGUGGACAUGGCCUGUAACUUCAUAGGUGAUCAGUGGUUCGUGGAGGGACUCAACUACAAGGAGACGGCAACGCGGCGCCCCUGGACGUCAGGCGGACAAGUGGGAGGCUUCGUGAAGCGCUUUGAGCUGCUGGACCUCGUCACCGUGCGGGGCUCGGGCCACAUGGUGCCUCAGGACAAGCCUGGGCCUGCCCUACAAAUGAUCAGGGCCUUUGUCCUCGGAGAUAAUUACUAAAGGGGAAACUAUAACAGCAACAGGACAAAUGGUCCAAAAAGGCCAAAUUGUUCAGGCAACCAGGGCAAAAUGUUAAAAAAAGCAAAAUUUUUCAAUCAACCUGAACAAAGUGGUAAAAAAGGCCGAAUUUUUCAAGCAACCUGGAAAAAAUGGUCAAAAACCAAGGAGGACAUAGCACUAGAAACCAGGGACAACCUGGUCCCGCCCUACACAUGAUCACGAUUCGUCCUUGGCCAAAAUUAUUAAUAUCUAAUGCCUGAUUACCCGUGCGGCCGUUAAUGAAAACAAACUUUCUUUCCUGAAGAUGUUAAAUGCUCCGGUUAAAUUAGAAUAAUUCGUAACCGGUACUAUCACUAACCAUUUUACGCGAACCAUCUCUUUAGUGCCAAAAUAAAUUCUCAUCAUCGAUCAGAAAUGCUCAAUCUAUUAGCGUAUAACUUAUAUUAUAAAAUAAAUUUCUUAUAUCAAAGUAGAAUAGAUUAUAUGUACCGACUUGUUGUUGUUGUUGUUGUAAUUGCCCAUCCUGGCAGUGGCGA